AGAACCUCAAGAACUCAAGGCAAUUAUUUUUGACAUUAAAAUAUAUUUUUCAGAUCACGACUGUCGAAUAUCCGACAAUGGCAGCGCUAAUCAAAGGAUUGAAACUAGUCUCACAAAUCGCUCCGAAGCAUUCAACUUUGUUCGCGUUAUCCACCCGACAAGCCCACGGAUGGAAUAAAGAUUUCAAACCCGGCAAGAUCCCCGAAACAGAAAAAGAGCGAGAAGCUGCUGCUCGUAAAUAUGGGUUGCAUCCGUCGGAGUAUCAAACAUACCCCGACGAUGGUGCUGGGUUUGGAGACUAUCCAAAACUUCCCGACACACCGGUAGAAACCCGCGAUCCCUACUACCCGUAUGAUUUCCCAGAGCUCAAAAGAAAUCUGCACGAUCCGAUCCACGUUCACGCAAGUAUCUAUGGCGAAGAUCGCUACGGUACUGCUGAACCGCUUCGCUUUCCGAUUGCCAAUCAAUGGUAUACCUUCAUUGGUGUCAUGACGGCAUGCUUCGUAGUUUACUUCUGGCUGGAGAAUUACAAGAUGUUUCGACCGGUUCUGGAAAAACAGUACCCACACGAUGGUCCGCACUAUACAUUUGAGAAAAAGUAAAGACUAAAAGUGCCGGUAGCAAAAAAAAAAGCUAAAUCAUCGGUGCAAACCAUUAUUUAACAAAAUUGUUUGCAAUUUGUUUAUGGCAUUCAAUUAUUCAAAGCACUACGAUAAAAUGAUGGCUUGUAUAAUCAGAUCGGGAACAUGCUAAUUAGUGUAAAUAUACUGGCAAGUUUAGCAAAAAUA